AGGCACUCAGACAGAGACUCCAUACUCUAACUUUCACAGCAAUCUGUUUCUCAGCCACUACAGAGCUGUGUGGCACUGGAUGACAGAAGGAUUUGGUUUUCCUGACCUGGAAUUUGGGAUUAAAUGGCAGAGUAAAGUUUGGAAUUUGCAAAAUUCAGAACGCUGGAAUGUCAACAGCUCACAUUCAGCACUUUGGAAAGUGUCAGAAGGGGACUGACAAGAACUGCUGAAUACUGGGAGAAAGAAAUGUGAGAAGCAGAGAGCUUGUAGGAGCUAAUGACUUGACACUGGCUGCUCAGACCAUGAUGAACCCCCAGUACUCCACCUGAGGUCAGGCAGGAAAGACGAGUUCACCUGGACACGUCUCACAGGUCCUGGUGUGCCCAUGCGGUGGUCCAUGUUAGCUCUGCUGCUCCUGUUCUGCAGCCACAAUUUGGCACUGCGAGCGGGUGAUAUCUGCCCACAGGACAGCAACCAUGAGCAGACAGCUGACCCCACGCCCACAGUGGACCCCAAACUCUUCAACAAGAGGCGCUACAGGUCGCCUCGCGUGCUUUUUAGUGAACAGCCCCCUGAUUCAGAGCCUGCAGAACACCAGGGAUCAAAUGACAGGACAAAGAGGCGGGCAGGACAGCCACAGAAUCGUGGCGUGUACUCAGUGUGUGAGAGCGUCAGCUUCUGGGUGGGUAAUAAGACAAAAGCAACGGACAUCUCAGGCAACGAGGUAACUGUGCUGCCUGAUGUCAACAUCAAUGACGUCAAGAAAAAGCAGUACUUCUUUGAAACGAUGUGCAGCGUGGCCAGAACCGGGGGCUCUGGGUGUCUGGGGAUUGAUGUGCGCCACUGGAACUCAUACUGCACCAACUCCCACACAUUUGUGAGAGCAUUGACUUCUUUUAAGAACCUGGUGGCUUGGAGACUUAUUAGGAUCAAUGUAGCCUGUGUGUGUGUGCUCAGCCGCAAGUCGUGGAGACAAUGACAGUCUGUCAUAUAAAAGUUGACUAUGUUGAUGUCAUUGUAUGCGUGAUAUUCCAAACCCAGUAACAAUUAAAAAAACCCCAUCAAAUAAAACCAUCAAUAAAAAGUUUAUGAACAAGGCAUUAAUUUGAUAUGCCUUAUUAAUAUCAAUCAUUUUAUGGCCUUAUGAGAGUCUAUAUCAAGUCAUAUGUUGAAAUCUGUAGCAGAAAAUUAGUAUCCUAUUAUUUUUCAUGAUGGACAUGCUUCGUUUACUUUGCUGACCACAGAGAUUACAGAGAACGAAAAUGCUUGUUUAUGAUGACUGCAUGUGUUAUGCAUAUUUUGUUAUUGUUAUUGCUAUUGUUAUUUAUUAAAUCUGGAGCAUUAUUAUUUUUCAGUGUAUUGUGGGCUUAGUGAUGAGAUUUAUUAAAUGUGAGACUGAGUUCCAGUUCUAUGCAUAUUAGAUGAAAAAUAUUAUGAUGUUAUAAUACUACAGCACAGGUGCAAUUAAGGAUUAUUUUCAAAUAUUUUCCUGGUUUAUUGGUUGAGGUUUUUUUUGUUUUGUUUUGUUUUAAAGCUUCUGACUUGUGGACCAUGGAACCAUGUGUGGGGCACACUAGACAUGUACCAGGCACAUCAAAAAAUGUCUGGUGUGUGUCUGCCUCAAAAUAUGACCAACACAUGUUAAGCGACUCUCCAGGAGAGAAAAUUAAACUUGGUUUGAGGGAAUCAGUAUGGUCAGAUCUGUCUUGCCCCCCUGCUCCAGAUGGUAUAUUUCUUUCAAACAUGAGGGAUGAACACUUGGAGAUUUAUUGAAAUUUUAAAAAUGUUCCAUGGCAGUAGAGCUAACAAAGAGGCUCAGGAAUUAGCUGACCUGCCAAAUCAAGCUGUCUAGGAUAUAUUUAUUUUUGAAAUCACAUCACAAACAGUAUCGUUCCAAUCGGCCAUUUUGGAUUGUUUUGCCAGUUUGUAAAAAAAUCUGAUCUUUGCGUUGGUAUGUCCUCUGCUGUGUUGAAGUACUCAGGGAGACAGCUGGUCAAAAGUCAGGACCAUGGCCUAAUGAUAAGGUCAUGCCUGAGGACCUGGAAUCCUACCACCUAGAUAUCUAAUGUCAAAGAUCACAGAUCAUUUUUACUCAAAGACACAAUUGUUAGGUUUACAGAUUACUAAUGACGUACUUUGUCAACUCUUGUUUGUGCUGUGUGAUUGGCAGGGUCAUGCCACGGGCCAGGGUUACCAUGAUGUUUUAAACAAAGUCUUCCGCCAUGCACACAUAGACCUCCAUGUUCUCACACACACACAAAAUAUGUUAAAUCAACCAGUAGUCAGGCUAGAAGAGAUCGAGUGGGCAUGCAGCUUCAACCCCAUAUCUCAUUCUCUUUGAUGGCAGCAUGAAUAAUAUUCUUUGAUGAAUGAGCAAUAGGCACAGGAUUUCCUGUUCUUUUGUCACUAUGCAUUGCAGAUCAAAAACAGUACUAAUCACAUUCUCGCUGGGGGAUGAGGAGUGUGUGAGAUUACGCAAGAGUGACCUCAAGUGACUUGAUCAGGAAUGUAAUUUCUUUCUUCAUAUUUACUUUAACAAGAUAAACAAUCUUCGAUGUAAUUGUUUAUAGAACAGCUUCCAAGGGAAAAGAUAAAGACAGUCUCCAUGAAAGAGUAAUGAGAUCAAUAUGAUUUGAGGAUUCAAUCAUAAUCAAGUGAGUCUAUCAGAGUAAGAGUAGAGAUAGUUACACAAAAUAUAUUAAAAAAUAUGAAAAAUUAUGAAAAGAAAUAUGAAAAAUGGAAAAAAGAGAAAAAUGCAAUGAAAUCACAAUUUGUCUUUACUUUUAAAAAUGUAUCUAAAUUUUUAGGUAGACUGUUGUGCAGUUUUCUAAGGAAGCUGGAUAGUUGGUUGUUCCAAGCUUCUUGGAGAACUUGCUCUUUGACCAGAAAGCUUCGAUGA